AUGUCUGCAGAACUCGCCACUGAUCCUAGUCCGCGGAGCGAGAAAUCUGUAUCUGCUCAUCCAUUCUCCCCGCUAUCGGCAUCAGAACUCCAAGAUGCUGCGGCAAUCAUCAAAGCUUCAUGGCCAGCGCACACAGACCUGCAUUUCAAGGUCGUGACGCUGCAGGAACCACCAAAAGUCGAGGCACUGAAAUAUCUGGAGGCUGAGCAUAGCGGCAAGCCACUUCCAUCAAUCGCGAGAAAAGCUUUUGUCAAUUACUACAUCCGGAACACUAACAAAUUCCACGAGGCUGUCGUGGACUUGACCUCACGUCGCGUAGAUCGCAACGUCCUUCUAGGGCCCUUUGUCCAUGCCAACGCGGAUGGCGAUGAAAUCGUCGCUAUCGAGAAACUUGUCCUGACCGAUGAGAAAGUACAAGCGGAGAUUGCCAAGCUCGAGCUCCCUCAAGGCACAGUAGUAAUCAGCGACCCAUGGAUCUACGGGUCCGACGGCGUUGGAGACGAAGAUAGGCUGUGGCAAUGCUUCCUAUACCUCAGGGACCCGAUGAACUCAUCAGAAGCCGACUCCAACCACUACGCAAUGCCACUUCCUAUCUCGCCCGUGGUGAGCACAGAGAAGAUGGAGGUCAUUCGCGUUGAUAUACUACCGACUGGUGCAGACAACACCAUCAAGCCGGUUGAAAAGUACAAGAUUCAACCGCCCAACGAGUACAUACCCGAGGCCCAACAACUGCGCACCGAUCUCAAGCCGCUUAAUGUUGUCCAACCGGAAGGUGCUAGCUUCCAAGUCGAACAGCAAGGCACAUCAAAUGUCAUCUCAUGGCAGAAAUGGAACUUCCGCGUUGGUUUCAAUCAGCGCGAAGGUAUGGUACUGUAUGACGUCCGUUACGACAACCGCAGCCUGUUCUACCGAAUGAGCUUGUCGGAUAUGAACAUUCCCUAUGCGGACCCCCGCCAUCCCUACCACAAGAAGAGCGCGUUCGACUUGGGCGAUGUUGGUGCUGGUAUCAUGGCGAACAACCUCAAGCUGGGCUGCGAUUGUCUGGGUUCUAUCUACUAUCUCUCAGCCGUACUCGCCGACAACCACGGUGGGUCUGUGGAGAUGCCCAACGUUGUAUGCGUCCACGAGCAAGAUGCUGGAAUCGGUUUCAAGCACACCAACUACCGCACCGGUCGCGCUGUUGUCGCUCGAAACCGGGAGUUGGUGCUCCAGAGCAUCAUUACCGUAGCCAACUACGAGUACAUCCUAGCCUUCAUCUUCAACCAGGCCGGAGAAGUCGAUUACGAAAUCAGGGCUACCGGCAUCCUGAGCACGCAGCCUAUCGACGAAGGUGUCGAGGUGCCCUUCGGUACAGUCGUGCACCCCGGUGUACUUGCCGUCCAUCAUCAACAUAUAUUCUCAUUGCGCGUCGACCCUAUGAUAGACGGGUAUGACAACAGACUCGUGUACGACGAGGCGUUCCCGAUGCCGCGCUCAGACUUCAACCCCCACGGUACUGGCUACUACGUUCAAGAGACGGUUGUAGACAAGUCUGGCGGCUACGACAUCGCAUACGAGAACAACCGCACCUUCAAGAUCCAAAACCCGAACGUGCGAAAUCCCAUCAACGGAAAGCCAGUCGCAUACAAGAUCCAAGCGCCGCCGUUCCAAAAGAUCCUUUCCGACAAGGACUCUUUCAACUACAAGCGCGCCGAAUUCUCCGACCACAACAUCUACGUCGUCAAGCACAAGGACGGCGAGUUGUACGCUGGCGGUACCUACACCAACCAGAGUCGUGGUGGAACGGGAGUGCGGAGUUGGGCGGAGAGGAACGACAACGUCAAAGACACGGACUUUGUCGUCUACAUCCAAGCGGGCAUCAACCACGUGCCUCGUAUUGAGGACUUCCCCGUUAUGCCUUGCGAGAUCAUCAAGAUCCAUAUGAAGCCAGUCAACUUCUUCGAUAAGAACCCUGCGCUAGACGUACCGCCGAGUGAGCAGGCGUUCAACAAGAGCAGUUUGUUGAGCGAGCAGCACCAGCAGCCGAGUGUUACUGCGACGAUUGGUGAGGAUGGUACGUGUUGUACGCCGUCGGCGGCAAAACUAUAG